UCAAAUACCUGUACGUGUAUACCACCGAGAUGCUGCCCUCGAACGGACAAAGCUUGACGUAAGAUAUCCCCGAGACGCUGUUCUUUUUGCCCCGCAAUCGUGCAGUUUAUCACAUCCCAAGUCCGCAACGACUGCUCAAUUGUUUAUUUCCUCGUUCCACCUCAACUCCAUACCUACUCACCCACUUCACAUAUCCCAAGAUGUCUCUCAGCAGCAAACUCUCCAUCACCGACGUCGACGUCAAGGACAAGCGCGUCCUCAUCCGUGUCGACUUCAACGUCCCACUGGACAAAGAAACCAAUUCCAAGAUCACCAACAAUCAGCGAAUCGUCGGAGCUCUGCCGACCAUCAAGUACGCUGCCGACCAUGGUGCCAAAUCAGUCGUUCUGAUGUCCCACCUCGGACGCCCCGACGGCAAGCCCAACAGCAAGUACUCUCUCAAGCCCGUCGCUGCAGAGCUCGAAAAGCUGCUCGGCAAGAAGGUCACCUUCACUGAGGACUGCGUGGGUCCUGAAGUUGAAAAGGUGGUCAACGAGCAGAGCAAUGGAGGCGUCGUGCUUCUCGAGAAUUUGCGGUUCCAUGCGGAAGAGGAGGGCUCGAGCAAGGACAAGGAUGGUAACAAGACCAAAGCCGACAAAGCGGACGUCGAGAAGUUCCGAAAAGGACUGACUGCUCUCGGUGAUGUGUACAUCAAUGACGCCUUUGGCACCGCACAUCGCGCGCACAGCUCGAUGGUGGGCGUAGACCUCCCACAGAAGGCUUCUGGUUUCCUCGUCAAGAAAGAGCUAGAAUACUUUGCCAAAGCUCUCGAGAACCCGCAGCGGCCAUUCCUGGCCAUCCUGGGGGGUGCGAAGGUUUCGGACAAGAUUCAAUUGAUCGAGAACAUGCUGGACAAGGUGAACUCUCUGAUCAUUUGUGGCGGGAUGGCUUUUACAUUCAAAAAGGUGCUGGACAAUAUGGAGAUUGGAAACUCGCUGUACGAUGAAGCGGGCGCGAAAAAGGUCAAGGAGCUGGUCGAGAAGGCCAAGAAGCAAAAUGUCUCCAUCACUCUUCCCGUGGACUACACUACAGCAGACAAAUUCGCGGCAGAUGCAAAGACUGGCUACGCCGAGGACAAGGACGGUAUUCCAGCCGGAUGGAUGGGACUCGACUGUGGUGAGAAGAGUAUCGAGCUCUUCAAGAAGACGAUCAACGAGGCCAAGACGAUUCUGUGGAACGGACCUCCUGGCGUCUUCGAGAUGAAAGCCUUCGAGAAGGGCACUCGGGCUACGAUGGACGCCGCAGUUGCCGCGGCGCAAGACGGCAAGAUUGUCAUCAUUGGUGGUGGCGAUACUGCGACUGUCGCAGCGCAGUACGGCGUUGAGGACAAGCUUAGCCACGUCUCUACGGGUGGUGGUGCAUCACUCGAGCUGCUUGAGGGCAAGGACUUGCCUGGUGUUUCGGCGCUGUCCGAAAAGUCGUGAAUACAAGGUGGUAACAGGAAUAGAAGUAGUAGCAGUAGCAGGCUAUGAUGCCCCCACCUCAGUGGUUAUUGCGCUCAGAUGCGCAGCUGCAAAUAGUGUUGAUACCUGAUCGGCAUUCCAGUUAAACGCUGCAGCCUCUCGUCACUGCUGAUGCGUCCCAGCUGGUCCCCAGACCAGGGACUUGCGCCGUAUUCAUGCCCUCGCUGGCUGUCGUCUGUUGCUUCGCGAGGGGCGCUCUCAUAUGUCAUAUUCGUGCCUCUCCCGUCGUCCCUCUCCCGUCGUCGUCGAUGUCGUUGUCGUUGUCGUCGACGCCGGUGCUCAUUUGCCCAUCUUCUUCAGCUCCUCCUUCAACUGUACCGAGAAGUCAUCGGUCGUGUCGUCGUCGUCCCAACUCUCCUCCCAGAGAUGCGUGCUUCCCGCCUGUUGGCCAACCUCAUCUUCUUUUCCCCAGUCUUCGACAGGAAAAUCCUCAAACUCGUCAUCCUCCUCUAGUUGCGCGGCUUUGUUCUGGGUCGGCAGGGGCUUCUCGGUAGAGUUAGAGGUGGCGGCGUUGGCUGAUGCUGCUGCUGGUGCUGCGUUCGCGGCCUUGUCGGGUGCGCCUGGCAUGAUGAGCUGUAGGGAUGUGAAAUGGGUUGGUGGCUUCUAGUUGGUUUGCAGUUGCAGUCAUGUGCUGGUUGGCUGGUGGAUGAAGAGGGAAGUGCAAGGUAC